AUGUUAUUUCAUAUUAUACGACAAAUUUAUUAGACAUCUUAUAUUAUUAUCUUCAAUAGAAAAAUUGUUCAACAGCAAUAAUAACAAAGUAUUAAUAUUCAACAAAACCAUUGUUUUAUAAUUUAAUAAACAAGUGAAUAGCGUAUAUCUGUUGAAUAAUGUUGCAUAAUAAAUUGUCAAAUGCAUUAAUACAAUGAAUUCCAGUUGGAAACUAAGUAAAUAAUAACAUAACAUUAAUUUUGAAUUUUACUGGAAUGAAAAAUUAGGCUGGCUUUGGAUUUUAAUAAACUUGGUAUCAUGACUAGAAUAUUUCUUCAAUCAAUCAUUGUUGUAAAAUCCAAUAAAUUUGUAUCUUAUCCAAUGAUCUUAUCUUAAGUAAUAUAGCGAGAUAAAAACACUUUUCUGCUUUACCCAUUACAAAGCAUAUUUAUUCAAUUAUUUACAUUGUACAUAUUAAUAUAUUUAGUCAGGCUGUUAAUAUGUCGCUUUCUGUAUAUGUUCUACAAACAAUUGCUUUUUUGGAUCUCUUUGCGGUUGGCCUAAUCAUACCACUAAUACCAGGCCAUGUUCGGAAAAUGGGUGCCAGUUAUAUCUUUGUGGGUUCUCUUGGAUCCAUUUAUGCCAGUUUCCAGCUGGGAUCUGGACCACUUAUAGGAAGCUUGAGUGACCUUAAAGGCCGUAAAACAAUACUAAUCAUGACUCUAUUAGUAUGUGCUUUGGCAUACACAGUUAUAGGCUUAACACAGUCUAUUACUAUUAUUCUCAUCACACGAGCAGUUCUGGGUUUAUUCAAGCAAACUCAGAUGUUGACUAAAGCUAUGGUACCUGAUUAUGAGAAAAAUGAACAGAAGCAAUUAGACAUAUAUGGAAAAAUGGCUGCCAUUUCCGGUGCAGGUAUCACAUUGGGUCCGGUGAUUGGUGGACAUAUAGCAGAGGAUGACCCAGAAAAUGGAUUCACUUUCCUAGCUAUCUUGGUUGGAAUUUGUUUCAUUGUUAAUGCAGGGUUAGCAUAUUCAUUACCUAAAACAAUAAAUAAAAAGAGAAAAUCAAAGAAGAAUAUAGAACCAACAAAAAAUAUAAUACAAUCCUUCAUUUCUAAUAUCAAACAAUCUGUUAAAGAAUUAUAUAGUGUAAAUUGGUCUGACUAUUGGGAUAUAUUUUUGUUUAAAGCUUUAAUCGGAUUUGCAAUGGGUGUAUAUUAUUCUAAUUAUGCAGUGUAUUUAAAGACACAAUAUCUACUUACUCCGAAAUAUAUGGGUUAUAUUAUUUCAUUUCAAGGUGUAAUUGGUUCUAUUGCCAGUUUUUUUAUUGGUUACAUUAAUACAUUUUAUAUCAGUGACAUUGAUUACAGUUUAAGAAAUUUGCAUGUGUUUGCACUUUUGAGUGUAUCUCUAGCCGGUUUAAUUAUUUCUUUUAAUGUUUAUACUUAUGUGAUAUGGUUAGUACCUUUAGCUGUAGGUAAUGCUAUAGGAAGGCUUGUAACACUAGAAAUGAUACUGAAACGCAGUCAUGGUGACCACAGAGGAACAUUGAUUGGCGCAUCAAAUAGUAUUAGAUCUCUUUCUGGUGUAGUCGCCCCUAUGGUGGCUGGAUUUAUUGGUGAAUAUUUUGGUGUGACAUAUGUGAUAUAUGCAUCUUUUACUGCUACAGUAGUGGGUCUUACAAUGAGUUAUCGAUAUAGAAAUAAACGACUUAAAGUUGAUUAAAUAUAGAUUGUAUAUUUAA